GAAGCUAUUCUGUACUGAAUCAGCAUGGGAUAGAGUGCCUGGAAGACGUUCAGACCAAGCACAGCUAGCGCGUCCCUGCUGGUUCUCCAUUCUGCAUCCGUGCAGCCACGUUCUAUUGAUGGCCUGUUGUGAUUUCAAUGGAACAUCAUGGGAUGUACCUGGCACGUCGGGCAGCACUGGAUGGAGGUGCCUUUAGCCCAAUGUACCUGGCAUGGUGGUAAGGUGAAGGUGAAAGGAAGAGAAGGUGGAGAUGGAACUGCCAAAUCAUGCCAAACAACUGCUACUGCAGCUGAACCAGCAACGAGCCAAAGGUUUCCUCUGUGAUGUGAUCAUUGUGGUAGAAAAUGCCCUGUUUCGUGCGCAUAAGAACAUCCUGGCAGCCAGCAGCAUGUAUUUCAAAUCCCUUGUCCUGCAUGACAACCUGAUUAACUUAGACACAGACAUGGUGAACCCCACCGUGUUCCGGCAGAUCUUGGACUUUAUUUAUACUGGUAAGCUCUUAACGACUGACCAGCCUGGUGAACAGAACUUCAAUGCUCUCCUCACCGCAGCAAGCUACCUCCAACUGCACGACCUGGCAGCUCUCUGCAGAAAGAAGCUGAAGCGGAAUGGCAAGUCCUUUGCUGGCAAGGCUGGUGGCCUUGGUGUUGGGAGAUCUGCCAGGAGUCAGAGACUUUCCACUGCUUCGGUCAUCCAAGCUCGCUAUUCAGGGUCAAAUGAGGGGUUGAAGGGCUCGCACUCAAAGGAGCUGUCAAAGGGAAAGCUCUCCGAUGACGAGGUCUUCAUCAGCAGCUCCAACCAAGAGAACUGUCACUCCUUAAGCAGGGGAGCCAGUAAGAACAGUGGUGGGGGCAGCAGUGCGAAUGGGAGCACUGGCGACCAGGAGCUAGGCCUCGACCUGUCCAAAAAAAGCCCGUCGCUCCCUGUUGCAGCCUCCCAUGAUGACACGCAGCACAGCGAAAGCCAGCAUGGCUCUCCCCAAUCUGCCUCAGCCCCUGCAGCCAACAGUGCCUCAUCGUUCGACGAGUCUGGAGUCGGAGCCCCUCACAGCAUGGCGGACAGCAGCGACCCCAUGGAAAUGGAUCUGAGCGAAGAGUGCCAACACUCAUUGACGGAGAGCAGCCAGCGCAAGGGCCUCCGGCACUCGUCCCGCAAGAAGGAGUGGAUCAAGAAAGACAAUGCCUUUGACCGAAAGGAGGGGGGCAAAGACAGGGACGAGGGCGAAGGGCUGCCCAACGGUAUCCUGCUGGGGCCCUUGUCCAAGUCCGUGGAGCGGAGUCUGGCCGGGGCCUACGGUGCAGACCUACCCUACCCAUGUAAGGAGGAGGUGGAAAAUGGCAAGGAGAACAGUGACGACAGUGGCCAGAGUGAGAGCGAGAGCGGCGGGCAUACUAGUGCCAACUAUGUCUACCGGCAGGAGGGGUUUGAGCCAGUGGCCUACGGUGACAACCUGUAUGUCUGUAUCCCCUGUGGCAAAGGCUUCCCCAGCUCCGAACAGCUCAAUGCCCAUGUGGAGACGCACACCGAGGAAGACCUUUACAUCAAGGAGGAAGGCACGUAUGGUGGCAAGGAUGAAGCCGAGGAUUUGUCCAACCCCAACCAGCCCUAUGCCGCAGAGUCCCGGCCCUUCAAGUGUUCAGUGUGUGAGAAGAGCUACAAGGAUCCAGCCACGCUGCGGCAGCAUGAGAAGACUCACUGGCUGACGCGGCCCUUCCCUUGCAACAUCUGCGGCAAGAUGUUCACACAGCGGGGCACCAUGACACGGCACAUGCGCAGCCACUUAGGGCUCAAGCCCUUUGCUUGCGAGGAAUGCGGGAUGCGCUUUACCCGGCAGUACCGACUGACAGAGCAUAUGCGUGUCCACUCAGGAGAAAAACCUUACGAAUGUCAACUGUGUGGUGGGAAAUUCACCCAGCAGCGCAAUCUGAUCAGCCACCUGCGAAUGCAUACCUCUCCCACAUAAGCCAAAGACUCCAGAAUGAGCUUCGAGCCCAUCCGCAGUGAUUUACCUUUCUGUAGACUUGCUGCUUAAAAAAAAA